UCACUUAGAUCAUUGUAGUUUGUUAUCAUGGCCUCCUUUACCAAUUCUUUUGUUGUAUUUUCCAUCUUUUCUCUCCUUGCUUGCUCCAUCAAUGCUCAGCUUUCGCCUAAUUUCUAUGCGUCCUCUUGCCCUAACGUUCAAAAUAUUGUCCGGGUUGAAAUGGUGCAGGCUGUGAUUGGAGAGCCACGAAUGGGUGCUUCGAUUCUUCGCUUGUUCUUUCAUGAUUGUUUCGUGAAUGGCUGUGAUGCAUCAAUACUACUGGACGAUACAGCCACAUUCACUGGAGAAAAGAAUGCUCUUCCGAACCAGAACUCAGUUAGGGGUUUUGAAGUAAUUGACACCAUUAAAACCCGAGUUGAGGCUGCUUGCAAUGCCACGGUAUCUUGUGCAGACAUCCUGGCACUGGCAGCACGUGAUGGAGUCGUCCAGCUAGGAGGACCCUCUUGGACGGUAUCACUUGGGAGGAGGGAUGCAAGAACAGCCAGCCAGAGUGCAGCAAACAACGAGAUUCCAUCGCCAUUGGCUAGCCUCUCGGCCCUCAUCUCCGGUUUUGCUGCCAAAGGUCUAAAUGCCCGUGAUAUGACCGCUCUGUCAGGUAGCCAUACAAUAGGCCAAGCUCAGUGCUUCACUUUCCGCUCCCGCAUCUACAACGACACCAACAUCGACCCCAACUUUGCUGCCACCCGAAGAUCUACAUGCCCAGUUUCAGGCGGAAACUCCAACUUGGCCCCCCUUGAUAUACGGACCAUGAAUAGGUUUGAUAACAUUUACUACCAAAACCUUAUGACUCGGCGUGGGCUUCUCCAUUCAGACCAGGAGCUGUUCAACGGUGGGUCUCAGGAUGCUUUGGUUAGGACCUAUAAUGCUAACAAUGCCUUGUUUUUCCGAGACUUCGCUGCUGCUAUGGUGAAGAUGAGCAAUAUCAGCCCGCUCACUGGAACAAAUGGCGAGAUCAGAAGCAACUGCAGGGUGGUGAAUUGAUGAGAUGUCCAGCUUAUAUAUCAGCUGAAAUUUUAAGGCAUUAUCGAAGUGUUUAUAUAUGAACUAUAAAGUUGAUUGAAUAAGAGGCCUCCAUAUGAUCUAAAGAGGUCUUGCCAUCAUUGUUCUUC